AUGAUUGCGCUUGGGGGAGGUGCGAUCUUAACAGCAGUGGAUUCAUUCGAUUCAUAUCGUGGUGCGAUACAAAGUAUUGUCACAAAAGUAGUGCGACCAGAAGAAUUUGCGGUCAUUGGAUGUGCCAGUAUUCAUGUUGGCAGUACAGCAAAUAUCAUCCCAGAUUUUGUGGAUCUGAAAAUUUCAAUCCGGUCAUACAAUCCAAGCAUUCACGAACGCUUAGUUGAAGCGGUCAAACGCGUCGUUUACUCGGAGUGCGAGAUUUCUGGUUCUCUCGCCAUAAGAGAACCGAUAUUUACAACGACUAUGCAUGCCCCUCCCACCGUCAAUGAUUUUCCAGAGGCAGAAAUACUGAAGAAAUCUUUUGGAGAAUAUUUUGGAAGGAACUUGAUUCCAGCUGAUCAUUUUGGUGCCAGCGAGGAUAUCUCGUACUUGGCGUUGGGGUGUGAUGCUCCUUAUGUUUUCUACAACUUUGGUUGUGUCGACGAGGAUACUUGGGAAGAGGCAAAGUUUAAAGAAACCAUGGAGGACAUUCCCCAUAAUCGUUCCGCAUUCUUUGCGCCAAAGAUCUAG